GUGAGCCCGAACACGCCGACAACGGCGUGACAGAUUCGUAACCUCCGUCGUCACUUUUUGGAAUAUACAUCAUUGGAGAUAUGCUCUUAUUUAAAGAAGAGAUCAGUCAAUUGAGAAUUUAUUACGCUUCUCACAGUGCCGAUUAGUUCAAAUUUUAAAGAUUUCGAGAUCUUGCUGCAUAUCAAAGAGGAUUUCGAAGAGGAUAAGAUAGAUUUUACAUAGACCUACGAAAAUCGUCGGAAAUGAACGUCGAUAGACUCAUUAGGAGGAAGCAGCAGGCACAGCGUAGCAACAAUCUUCGUCAGGUGGCCGAAAUCACGAAGACCCUGGGGGACAUGUACUUCGAGAGGAGACAGCUGCGGGAGGCGCUGCGGGAAUACACGGAGCAGCUGAGCGUCUGCGAGAGGCUGCAGGACAAGCUGAGCUGUGCGAUAGCGCACAGAAUGAUCGGGGAGGUUUACGCGUGUCAGGGUGAUUACGAGCUGGCCCUGACGCACCAGAAUCUACAUCUGGAGGGCGCCAAGGAGCUGAGGAACUCGAUAGAGGAGCAACGGGCGUUCGCCACUCUGGGCAGAACCUACUUCUGUCUGGCCGAAAGCGACAAGAUGGGGGAGCGCGAAGAGGCCCUGGCGAACGCGAAGACGGCCUACAUGCGGAGUAUGGAGCUGUGCGACAAGUUGACGGCCGGCGAGAUCAAGCUGGAGGAGAGAACGCUGAUGCGGGCGAGGCUGCUGCUCAACCUGGGACUGACGCUGGAAGCACAGAGGGAGACGCCGCAGGCGAUCAGCCUGAUCGAGCAGGCGACCGCGCUGUGCGAGUCCAACAACUUCCAGGAGGACCUGCAUCGAGCGUGCAUCUCUCUGGCGGCUAUAUACGAGCGACAGAACAAUCACGAGCUGGCGUUGAGUUACAUCGAGACCGCGGCCAGCGUGAACGACGUGUGCCUGAGAGCCGAGGCGAGGAUAACGAAGGCCGAGCUGUUCAUGCGGACCGGGCAGUGGAUCGAAACGCGCAAAGUAUUGGUUUCCCUGUACACGAGCAGCGGAUUGCCGAAGGACAUUAAUCAACAGGUGGAAAAGUACUUGAAGAUCGUUGUAACUAUAUGCCGAGCGGAGAACGGUCUUCUCGUCGAGACCGACACGCGGGCCAAGCAGAGGCUGUACGAGACGCUGGGCGACGCGGCGGUCGCCGUGAGAUGCUUUGACAAAGGCGCGGAGUACUACCGACACAUGUUGACCUGCGCGGAGGAAACGGGCGAGCAAAUAAUUAUUUCUUUGGUGAGCCUAGCGCGAACGCUGACAGACGCGAGGCGGUACGAGGAAGCGUUGCCGUUUGCCCAGCGGGAACUGGAUCUCUGCGUCCUUCCCCGAGAGAAAUGCAGAUCGGCGCUGUUUCUAGCAGAUUUAUUAGUAACGACGAAGGCCGCCGACGCAAAGAUCCGCGAGUGUUACACUUUAGCGUUGAGCGCAGCGAACGAAAGCGAUAGCGUUAAGCUGCAAAAGUCUGUUAUGAGAGAGCUCAUUAAUUAUCUGGAGAGCGUAGGCCAGCUCGACGAGGCGAGGGAUAUGAAGCGGAAGGCGGGUUUAACGCUGGAGACACCGAGCGACACGGAGAGCGAAGCGUCGUCCGAGGAGAGCGACAGAAUCGGCGCGGAUAUUUGCCUGGAGGAUCUGUCCGAUCUGGAAACGGAGGAAAGUGCCAGGAGGCCGGCCAAGAGACGAGCGAGGAGAGGAACGUCGUCCGUGAUCAAGAGGAACGACAAGGGUGAGACGCAGCUGCACGUGGCGUGCAUCGACGGUAAUAUCAGUGCCGUCGAGAGGCUCCUGUCGUCCGGUCACACCACCAGCGUCAGAGACCACUGCGGCUGGACGCCGCUUCACGAGGCCGCCAAUCACGGCUACGUGGACAUCGCGGAGCUACUUCUGAAGCACGGCGCCAGUGUCAACGAUCCGGGCGGCGCGUCCUGCAAGGGCGUGACGCCGCUUCACGACGCCGCGUGUUGCGGUCACUUCUCGAUAAUGCGGCUGCUGAUGCAGCACGGCGCGAGCGCGACGCUGAAGACCCACGACGGCGACACGGUGCUGGAUUGCCUGGAGGACUGGAGGAGUCGCGUGGAUGAUCUAAGCCCUCAGGAUUUAGUCGAAUACGACGCGAUGUAUAAAGAGCUCUCGGCUGUUGUUCCGAUGAGAAAGAGAAGGAGGAGAUCCAGCGACGUUCGCACGCCCGACAAGUCCGCGUCAUCGUCCGAGGCACUAGAGGUCCGAAAGAUAUCCGCCGGUGAGGAUUACAAGAGGACAAUCGAGAGCAUGCGAGCCUUCAAUAAAACGAACGCCGCCGGCGCGUCGAAAGGCAGCAGCAAUGCCGUCACGCCUUUGGUGAGCGAGGAACAAGUUCUCGUCGACGACUGGCUCGAGGACGAUCUCGGAGGAAGUGCAGUGAAGAAAAAAUCUACGAACAGGCCGUCGAACAGUAGUCACACUGGCACAAUCAAGCGCAAGUCUUCGGACGGAAAUCUGGAGAGCGCUGUUAAGAAAUUGAAGCUGAACGGCGCGCGUCGCAGUAGGGACGAUUUCAGUACGAGCGAAGACAGCGGCGACGAUUCCGCCGUUGAGAUCUGUCAGUUGUUCGAAGAACCCAAGAGGAGGAAGCGGAAACGACAAACGUCCUUGAUCUCGAGCGGAUUCACCGUGUCUCGCACGCCGUCCCCCGUGGCUCGUCCGCUGCAACCGUCUCCGCCUCCUGCAACAAGUUCGAGACAGCACGACAAGGAAUACGUACAUUUACGUAUAUUUGUCGAAGAGAAGGUGUUCAGUCUAAAGGUGGCAGUUUGCGAAGACGAGAGGGAGUUCCUGACGUGCAUUACGAGCACCACCGAACGCAUGUUCCACGACGAGACCGGUUGCACGGUCAAGUUGCAGUUGCGGCCCGUGAAUGGCACCGUCGUCACGAAGGAGGGUAUCCUGGAGUUCGCGAGGGAAAACACAAGGAGCGACAAAUUGGAGUGCGGGAUCGUCGAGCUGCAGGUACCGUCCGUCGUCGAGCGAUACAAGACCGUCUGUCGCACUCACAAUCUGGCCGCCUGCGAGGUAAUGCUUAAGUGCCUUAAAUCUUGCGAGAACACGUCGAUAUUUCGCGUAAAGUCCGACGAGAUCGACAAACAGGUGCUCGUGCCGUUGUUGAAGACCUUGGAAUACGAAAGGAGCGUCAAGCUGUUACAAUUGUCGGGCACCGUGUUGGUUACGGCGGGGAUGCACUUGCAUCGGUGUCUCUCGAAUCUACUGUCGCUGCAGGAGCUCUAUUUGAAAGGCUGUGAUAUCGAUGGCGCCUGCUUACGCCAGGUGAACUCGUUGCCUCCUCAGUUGAGAGUCCUGGAUCUGAGUUACAAUCCGUUGAGUCCCGAGAGCCGCGAUAUCCUGAGAAAGCUGAUUGCGCCCCUGAGAUGCCUGCAGACUCUUAACCUGCGUUACUGCAUGCUGGAGGAUUUUCGUCUUCCACUUGACAAUCCCAAUCUGACGAGCUGCGACAUUUCGUGGAACAAAUUAAGUCGCGACGCAGCGACCUCCUUCCUGAGUAGGCAACUGUUCGACUUGAAUUUAUCUAAUAUUCUGUCUUCCAGCCAUCCCGUCUUGAGUCUAGAUACGACGAGCGUAGCUCUGGCACCGAGCUUAGAAUCGCUGGAUCUCUCGUUCUGCGACGUAACGGACUCCGAUGUUAAGAUUAUCGUAAGACAAUUGCCUAGACUGUUGAAAUUAAUACUUAGAGGGAAUAUAAAUGUAUCUCUGUUAUCCAUAAACGCAUUAUUAAGUCGUGACCCCACGUUAACUUAUAUCGACGUCAGUGGUUGUAAAGAAAUCGCGAGUAAUCCAGAGGUAGGAUUGACUAUACAAAAUCCUGAGGUUUGUACGCUACUGGCUAGCAUAGAGCCCAAUUUAUGUGAAUCGUGGAUUCAAUUGUGGCGAGGCACGGGUCUUGUUACGAAAUUGCCUCAUAACUUGGUGAUUUUUAAACCAAUAUGACUUUCUAA